AUGUCGGGGAGGAAGCCUGGCGCAGACCGUAACGAUUUUACGACAGAGGACGAUAACAACCUGGCACGAUUUAUUGCCAAGAGGAUUCCUGACAAGUCGGAAGGUGGCCGGACUGGGAACAACUUGUACAAGGAUCUCUGCGAAAGGACGGAUGUUUACCCGUGGGCUGCAGGUCACACUUGGCAAUCGUGGCGCAACCGCUACCGCAAGAAGCAAGAUUACUUUGACCCAAUCAUUGAUAAAUACGUUCAGACCCGGCAGGGCAAUGGCGAUAGGAAGGGGGAGUUUCAGUACUCGCGUGGCAAGAAACGCCAAGCGCCUGAGGAUUCACCCCCUGUGCGUUCGCGUUCAUCUAUGUCAACUAACCUGGAACCUACCGAGCGUAACUCAGCAACUACCAAGGCGAAGAGGCCUCGAGCUCUCAACAAGAAUGGUGUUGUAUCCCAAGACGCACAGAACAUAACUAAUCUUGAUGGUCUAUCAGACCAUACUCCCUUGGGUUCGCGAAGACAGCAACACCCGGACGGUGCCAGUCUGGAUCGGGGGCGCUCAUCAGCUGCUAAUUCACAAAAUAGAAUCAUAGACUUGGCUAUACAUGAAGAUACACAUACAAACACAUUGACUACUUGGGCCAAGUCCGGGUCUCAAUCCGAUCAAGUACGGCAAGAAGUUGAUACUUCAACGAACCAAGCACAUUUGCCGACAGAAGGCACGGAGAUGGUACCUCUUAUGGCUAAGGACUUGGGCCUUAGUGACUAUCUUGAAUCGGGUUUCACAUCAACGUGGUAG